GGCUGGUGAACUCUGGACUUCAGACUUCCACAUCGCAGUGUGGAGCUGGCCCUGAGAUAAGAAACAGGAUAAAUCCUGAGGGCAGGUCUGGACCUCCACGUGCCUGUGGCCGGCGCACCUGAGCAUGGCAUUCGUCGGUACUUGGAAAGUGGACCGGAGCGAGAACUAUGACAAGUUCAUGGAAAAAAUGGGGAUCAACCUGGUGAAGAGAAAGCUUGCGGCUCAUGACAACCUGAAACUGGUCAUCUCACAGGAGGGAAACAGAUUCACCGUCAAAGAGUCCAGCAACUUCCGAAGCAUUGACAUUGUUUUUGAACUUGGCAUUACCUUCACUUACAGCCUCGCAGAUGGAACGGAACUCAGUGGGACCUGGAGCCUCGAGGGAAAUAAGCUUGUAGGAAGAUUCAAACGCACGGACAAUGGAAAGGAACUGAACACUGUCCGAGAAAUCACAGGUGAUGAGCUCAUCCAGACCUACAUGUAUGAAGGAGUGGAAGCCAAGAGGAUCUUUAGGAAGGAGUGAGCACACCUCUCAGGCAGCCCAGACUGUCCCUGCAGGAGUCUGUCCUGUUCAGAGCAGCUUCUCUCUCCUCACCGAGCACAAGGUUACUGGAUGAUUACUCCUACAACCACUGAUGUACCUCCAACCUUGCCAAAGCAGACAAGUUAAAGCUAUUUAUGAUUUAAUUUGUUUUAUUUUCUUUAACAAUAAAAUUCAUUGGUGUUCUAAAAUGAUUUGCAACAUAUUUUAAAACAGAAAAAUAAACAUUAUGCUACA